GAUAAUCUUUCACAAUGGGUCACGAAGAUGCUGUCUACCUCGCCAAGCUCGCCGAGCAGGCUGAGCGCUACGAAGGUGCGUCAUUCUCGUUUUCCGACCGCCUACUUCGCGGCUACGAGUCUCGCCUCAUGCUAACAUGGCCCCUCCUGUUACACAGAAAUGGUCGAGAACAUGAAGGUCGUUGCCUCCGCUGAUGUAGAGCUCACCGUCGAGGAGCGGAAUCUCCUGUCUGUCGCCUACAAGAACGUCAUCGGUGCCCGUCGUGCGUCCUGGAGAAUCGUCACUUCCAUCGAACAAAAAGAAGAGUCCAAGGGCAACGAGUCCCAGGUCUCCCUCAUCAAGGAGUACCGUCAGAAGAUCGAGGCUGAGCUGGCCAAGAUCUGCGAUGAUAUCCUCGAGGUUCUCGACAAGCACCUGAUCCCCUCGGCCCAGAGCGGCGAGUCCAAGGUCUUCUACCACAAGAUGAAGGGUGACUACCACCGUUACCUUGCCGAGUUCGCCGUCGGCGACCGUCGCAAGGGUGCCGCCGAUGCUUCCCUUGAGGCCUACAAGGCCGCCACUGAGGUUGCCCAGACCGACCUUGCUCCCACCCACCCCAUCCGUCUCGGUCUCGCCCUGAACUUCUCCGUCUUCUACUACGAGAUCCUCAACUCCCCCGACCAGGCUUGCCACCUGGCCAAGCUCGCUUUCGACGAUGCUAUUGCUGAGCUCGACACCCUGAGCGAGGAGAGCUACAAGGACUCCACCCUGAUCAUGCAGCUCCUCAGAGACAACCUGGUAAGUUGAUGUGGUGGCACUCGUGGUUUUGGAUCAUGCUAACAGCCGGUAGACUCUGUGGACCUCGUCCGAGGCCGAGCCCGCCGCCGAGGCGAGCGCUCCUGCCGAGAAGAAGGAGGAGGCCCCCGCUGAGGGCGAGAAGCCCGCCGAGUAAAUCAAAUAAAGAUGACGAAGGACUCGCGUCCGGACUUGGAUAGGGUCGGCCGGCCGACAAUCUGGAUCUUAGACUCAGAAGGCCCGGGGUAGGAAGAGGAUGAUGAAACCAUUGCGCGCUUUGGGGUUCGUUCUCUCUGGCGAGCCCGGAAGGGAUGGGGCUUGGUUGGCCAUUCACUGGCUGACAGGUCUUGAACUUUGGAGUCAUGCUUUGGAUCUCUCGUCGCCCUCUUUGUCCCUGUUGGCCUUUUGGUGGCCUCCUUCGAUGCCGCCAGUGGUCUCGGUCUGGUCUCUUAUGUCCUCCGAUUGUCGCGGGGCUUCCUUUCAUAUCUUGAUGAUUUCGAUUUUUGCCUAUUGUCGCAAUUCCCCCCCAAAGAAUACCUUUCCCUUGUCAUCCACCCGCACUUCCACCCUAGUCAGUCAAGUCCCACCAGGACGUUGACUCUUGCUUCCCGAACUCUCUUGGUUUUACCCACCUUGUGCCACGUACGGCGUUUGUUUGUCGCCUUAGCUGAGUUUAGAUCUAAAGCCCGGCAGUGGCUAAAGAAAUUUGAAAUUUAUGAACAAGCA